UCCUCACACGUCAGCCCGCAGCCUGUGGUUUGGUUUACGGAUGCUGAGGAGGCUCGUCGGUUCUCUCACUGUAAACACACAACAGCACAGACACAGGUAUUCUUUUGACAGCAGACUUUUAAACACCCACCCGAGAAGAAGACAUGGCCCUGUGCUCCGAGCAAGCUGCCGGUAGCUCCGCGGUGAACGGAGAGCUGAAGAAGGAGAGGAAGGUGGCCGUUAUCACCGGCAUCACCGGACAGGAUGGCUCCUACCUGGCCGAGUUCCUGCUCGCUAAGGGCUACGAGGUUCAUGGUAUUUUGCGUCGCUCCAGCUCCUUCAACACGGGUCGCAUUGAGCAUCUUUACCAGAACCCACAGACGCACACGGAAGGCAGAAACGGCACACCACACAUGAAGCUGCAUUACGGCGAUCUGACUGACAGCACGUGCCUGGUGAAGAUCAUCAACCAGGUGAAGCCCACAGAGAUCUACAACCUGGGCGCUCAGAGUCAUGUCAAGAUCUCCUUCGAGUUGGCCGAGUACACUGCAAACGUGGACGGCGUUGGCACGCUCCGACUCUUGGAUGCCGUGAAGACGUGCGGUCUGACCAACAGCGUCAAAUUCUACCAGGCCUCCACCAGUGAGCUGUACGGCAAAGUUCAGGAGAUCCCUCAGACGGAAACUACGCCCUUCUACCCUCGCUCACCUUACGGUGCCGCAAAGCUCUACGCCUACUGGAUCGUGGUGAACUUUCGAGAGGCCUACAACUUGUUCUCCGUCAACGGGAUCCUCUUUAACCACGAGAGCCCGAGGAGAGGUUCAAACUUUGUGACGCGUAAAAUCAGCCGCUCUGUGGCAAAGAUUCACCUCGGCCAACUGGAGAACUUCAGCCUGGGCAACCUGGACUCCAAGAGGGACUGGGGCCACGCCAAAGACUAUGUGGAGGCUAUGUGGCUGAUGCUGCAACAGGAGGAGCCGGAGGAUUUCGUCAUAGCGACGGGGGAGGUGCACAGCGUGAGGGAGUUUGUGGAGAAGGCCUUCACGCGUGUGGGGAAGACUAUUGUGUGGGAGGGAAAGGAUGAGAAGGAGAUUGGCCGUUGCCAGGAGACAGGAGUGGUACAUGUGAAGGUGGACCCAAAAUACUUCCGUCCUACUGAAGUGGACUACCUACAAGGCGACAGCACCAAAGCCUAUCAGAGGUUGGGUUGGAAGCCAAAGGUCACUUUUGAGGAGCUGGUGAAGGAGAUGGUGGACGCAGACGUCGAGCUAAUGAAGAAAAACCCAAACGCCUGAGUCCAAAUCAGUCAUUCCACCCGGGACGGAAACAUUUUAACACUCCGGUGUCCUACCAACAGAGGAAGGAACAUGUUGUCUUUUUUUAUGUUUCUUUAUGACUUUUCCAAAUGAUGUAAUUGUGUCCUUUCUUUCUUUGUUAUUUGCGGGUUGGCUUAACCUUUGAUUGCCUUCGUGUGUUGUGUCUAUUUCUAGCAUCAUGUGUCAAUUAAUUUUGUUUUGUUAUCACAUAGCAGAGAUGCCUUUUGUAUUUCCACACUGAUCAUGAUCUAAUUUAUAGAGAUGACAAAGGAUUAAGGGUUUAUUUAUGUCUUUGUUUCUUUUUCGAUUGUGGUUGAAUUGAUUUAGAUGUCAGAGGAUGAAAUGACAGAAUAUAUAAAUAAAUACAAAUAUGAAGAUUUAAUGUUGGAAAAUAGGAAUCAACGGGUUUAUUCAUAGACUAACGAUGAUAUAAAUGAACAAAUGUGCUGUUUAGUACAAUAAAGACUGCUCUUUUCACA